ACACUGAUUAUUUUUUUUAACCACAUUUUGAACACGCCUUCCGUUAAAAAGUGCCUUUCUUCUAUUCGCUCCAUAAGUAGGAAGUUGAAGGAUAAGAAAUCUGUGCCAUCGUUUACAACGUCAUCUAAUGAGGCUUUCAUAGAAUUCACUUCAGUAGAGUCUAUUAGCGUAACUUAAAACUAUUACACCUAUUUCCGUGCUCAUUUUCCUUCGAGGUUAAGGGUUUCAAUAAUAUCACAUAUAGAGAAAGAAGAAACAAAGUUUUCAGAGAUGUUGGAUGUAGUUGUAUUAUUUAACGGCUACUCGAAACGUCUCAGUCACAACAGAACAGAUGCCAACUGCACAUGCACGCUUAUCAAAGGACCAAAAAUCAUUAUCGUGGAUACAAUGACGGCCUGGGACCGAGAACGUCUAGUUGAGGCUUUGGAGAGACACAACGUACAACCAAGAAACAUUGAUUAUGUUGUUUGCACACAUGGCCACGCGGAUCACAUAGGAAAUAAUAAUUUAUUUCUCAAUGCAGAACACAUUGUUGGCUACGGUGUUCACCAAGGGACUAUUUUUUAUGAGAAGCAGCUUCAGAACGAAGAUUACCAACUCUGCAAUGGAGUCAGUAUUACCGCAACACCUGGGCACACUUACGAGGAUGUCACAGUUUUAGUGGAAGCUGGUACAGGGAGGGAGUCUGUCAAGUAUGCUAUAACAGGUGACUUGUUUGAGAAGGAAGAAGACAUCGCAGAUCCGUCAUUAUGGAAAGAAGUUGGUACCUUUGCACUCCGGAAAAUUCAGACUUCCUCGCGUUUGCGAAUAAUGAAAUAUGCUGAUUACAUUAUCCCCGGACACGGCCCAAUGUUCCGAACCAAUGACGCUCUAAUUCGUUUGUUGGAAAACCAGACCGACGGAGAAUGAUCGCUUAGCGGAUUUUCGAAGAAUUUCCAGAGAUCUGUGAAGCAAGUUUUCGUAAAAACUAUUAGGAGAAUAACGUUUUAUUCAUUAUUGAUGGAAUCAGUGUAAACUGUACAAAGCAAGCUGAGAAAAAUUCUCUCCGUUUUA